UUUAUGUUUGACGUCAAAUUAGAAAGUUUGUAUAUAAAAAAAGUUUAUACUGUUAUAAAACCAGGUGGAUGGAGGUUUCAUUUUGUUGUUGUCGAAAGUCAAAACACACAAGUUAAAGUUCGGCUGUUCGUUAUGUCAAAAGUGGUCAAAAAUCACUUGGGGCAUGGAUGCGGACCCUCUGAGCGUGAUUCUUGUGAAACGUGACAGCAAGGGUGACCGGCUCCUUUUCAGGUACCCGUGCGAGAAAGUCAAAGGCCACGAAAACGGGCAGCAGUCUAGAAGGAAGAACCCCUAUGCCCUGACUAUCACUGAGGACAUCCAUGGGCCGCCUCCUCAGAACAAUGAGAACGGCUGUCUGGGCAAUUUCCCCGACGAAGUGCUUUCGAACCUUUUCGCCGUCAAGCAGGAGCUCUGCGAGGCCAAGUUCGAGCUGAAGGUGAACAACGUCAGAUUUGUCGGCCAUCCGACACUCGUCCAACCAUGCUCCAGGAGGGGCAAACCGCCCAACAGGCCGAUCAUACUCAUAAACGUCGUUUUCGCACUUCAGGCCGCUGCCAACCAUUCUAUUGUCAAGUGCUACUACGAGCUGAGCAAGCGCCUCGGAGCAGCGCUCCGCCAUGAAGAAAGGCGCUGUGGUUAUGUCAACAGCGAAAUAAAAUCUAUGAUAUCUGCUCAUGACGAUAGACCGGAGGACUUGGGCGAUGAUGAAGAUUACUCGCCUUUUGAAAUCAUCCUUGAGCGUUGCUCACUUGCAAAAGAUUUAAUGACUAUUUACAAUGAUCUUUGUAAUUCUGGCUUGGUGCAGAUUAGGGUGAAUAGGUGGAUCGCUCUCAGCUUCUGCCUGCCACAAAAAGUUCAUCAGCUUCACAACAAAGCCCUUUCUGUUGAUCCUGAAGCAAUAGACAAAUGUCUGCAGAGUGUAAGGCCGUACCAUGGCUUGUUGCUGCUCGUUGAUGCGACACAGUUGUUGGACAGCCUUGUACCUGAUGCCUCGCCUGCCCUUAUACGGCUUAUUAAAAUCUACACGCCGCUUAAAUCUUUACAGAUACUUUCUGCUGAUGCAGACUUAACACUGGCUCAAGUGUUCAAUUUAGCCGGACACCUCGUGUAUUGGGGCAAAGCCAUUAUUAUUUACCCUCUUUGUGAAAGCAAUGUCUACAUGACUGCACCGAAUGCACCAGUCCACGCAUCUUCCCCACUCGUGGAAAAGUUUUCUGAACAAUUCCCUGCUCAGUCCUUAAUUCAGGUGAUGUCUGAAUUUUCAUUGCCUAUAUCAAUACGCCAAAGAAUGUCACCAUUGGUAGGAAGUAAUCAUAAUGACGUUCAAGUAAUAAUAUGGUUAUUACAACAUAGAUUGCUCUUACAACUCCACACUUAUAUUUAUUUUAUGCCAACUCACACAGGCUUGCCCAUGCCUGAGGGAGGAGUUGUGUCAAAAAGUGAAGGCUCGAUAGCAGGAGGGGAUGCGAGCACGCCUUCGGAGACGCUAUCAGUAAGCGGUGAUAGUAUUGAUGAGUCCAGUGAAGAAGCAUCACCACCUAUAGGAACGGGCAGGCAGGUGUCCUGGGACAGGGAGGAUUAUUUGAGCAGAUUAGGUGCAUCUGAAAGGGCGGCUAUUAUCAACACCCCUGCCUCUCAAGAACAACUCCGUCUGCUCGUUAGGCUUAUUCUACAAGAUCAUCUUCAGGGUGAACAUCACUUGGAAGAAAUCAUGUAUAUGGAAAACGUAAGAAGAUCUCAACUUCUACAGCUUCUUGACAAAUUCAGAGACGUUUUAAUAACUUGUGAGGCUGAAGAUCCUGCCUUAGCUAUGUUUUAUCCUCAUUCUUAUUCUCCUUAGUUUUAUUUAUAGUUAUUUAUUCGUUUUUAUACUCACGAAAUAGUUAUUAUAUUGUUAUUAAUUUCCAUUUAAUGUUACAUUUGUGAUUGGAAAAUUUGAAGAAAAGUUUUUAUCCUACAUAAUUUUUUUAUUAGGCUUGAAAUAAAAUUAAAUUCAAAAUGCAACACUGUUAUAAGUUUCAGAUAAAUAAUUGAAAUUACUGCGAAUAUAUCUGUUUUUUGUUAUAUUGUACUGUAAAGUAUGCCUAUAGUAUUUAUACACUUAUUUAUAUGAAAAUGAGAGUGUUAAAAUUUUAAAAAUAAAGCUGUUGCUUUGUUUAGGUCAAGAAAUUUGUAAGGUUACAAAACCAGAGACAAAUUAAGAUCAUAAAUAUAACUUUUUAAA